GGCACGCGGAGCGAGCCGCACGUAUUUUCGAAGCACGAGCGACGGUCCUGGAUCUGUUCAGCAUCCAGAGUUCACUACGCUCUGUACUCUUGUCUACAUUAGGUACAACGUCAUUCACGUAUUCCGUCCACAUCGCAGUCGUGAUGCAGAAACCGGAGUCACCUCGGAGGCCGGCAAACGCCUGCAUUCCUGGUCUGGAGUACCUAGCGGCCAUCGACCAAAUUAUUAUCAGCCAGCAGAUACAACUGCUUGAAGUAAUGGUCGGGUACGAGCAGAAGAACAAAUACGUCAUAAAGAACUCCAUGGGUCAAUUCGUCUACUUCGCAGCCGAAGAAACUGACUGCUGUACACGAUGCGUUUUUGGGGGCCUCCGGCCUUUCGAAAUCAAGAUCUACGACUACAAGCAAACCGAGGUGAUCCGCUUCUUCAGGCCGCUACGCUGCGACUCUUGCUGCUUUUUCUGCUGUCUGCAGGAGAUGGAGGUGCAAGCCCCGGCAGGAGUGCCAAUCGGCUAUAUCCGCCAAGAUUUUGCUAUCAUUUAUCCCAUGUUCACGCUAAUGAAUGCACGGAGGGAGCCCACCCUCAAGAUCAAAGGGCCUUUCAUCACAAGCAGCUGUUUUGGAGACGUUAAGUUCGAGAUCUGGACCGUUGACUGGCGCUACAAGAUCGGCAUCUUGUCCAAAAACUGGUCCGGACUCGUCCGAGAAAUGUUCACGUCUGCGGACAACUUCAGUAUCUCUGUCCCCAUUGACUUGGAUGUGAGGAUGAAAGCUACGCUUAUUGGCUGCGCAUUCCUCAUUGACUUCAUUUUCUUCGAAGGCAAUCGAAGCCCCGAUCUCCCGGGAAAUGUCUUUAAUUAAGAAUUCUGUCGGAAUAUUAAAGAUAAUUAAUCAGACUACCGCAUAAGUAAAAUAAUAAGUAAGUGUUCUUACA